CAUUCUCUCUUCUGCCGUGCAGCACACAUUCCCACUCGGCACCGCAGUCCUCCCCCUCAUCCACACAUUUAUUAACAAUACGCCUCCACAUCCCGCUAUGUCGGCCGCCAGCACCGAAACCAGUGCCCCUCUGCCCACUGCCGGCAGCCGCGUGUUCUUCCAAGGUGCACCCGGAGUGGGCUGUGUGGGGUCCGGACCCAUCAAUGGGGACGACCCGGUCCAGAAGAAGCAGGGCAAAGUGACCGUGAAGUACGACAGGAAAGAGCUGCGGAAAAGACUUGUCCUGGAGGAGUGGAUCAUCGAGCAGCUCAGCGAGUUAUAUGACUGUGAGGAGGAGGAGAUGCCGGAGGUAGAGAUAGAUAUCGAUGACCUGCUGGAGGUCAACAGUGAUGACGAGAGAGCCAGCAAACUGCAGGAAUCAUUAAUAGACUGCUACAAACCAACAGAGGACUUUGUCCGUGAGCUGCUGGGCAGGAUAAGGGGAAUGAGAAAACUUAGCGCUCCAACCAAGAAGGGCCUAUAAUGGCUUAAAUUUCAGCCAUUAACCAGCCAUAAAGUCCAUCAUCUCCGCUCCACCUACUUAACCCGCCAUACAUGGACUGUCAUUAUACAGAAUAAUUUAUCAAAAAUGUCAGUAACUGUUCUGCAACCUGCAAACAUUCACUGUAGAACCCAUGAAUAUAGCACUAGUCAUUCAUUUCACAAUCACAGAGAAUAACAAGGUGUAUUAUAAUAUUUGACUGUUGAAAGGUACACGAGUAAAGCAGAGCCAAAAGGUUUAAAUAGUCACAAUAUCUGGAAUGUGCCCAAACUGCAACUGUGCUUUAACACAAACACCACAUAACUUCACAUGUCAGAGCCAUGUUAAAACUUUUUAAGCCACUCCUACAAGCCAAACAGCCAUACAGACUAAAACACCAAGAAAACUUUAAAAGAGGUGGUAAAAAAAAAUAAACCGUUGCAGUAGGUAUGAAAUUAGCUGUAGCACUAUUUAAACACAGUGCUUCUUGAUCUUUUUUGGCCUUUUUUUUUUUUUACUGAGGUGUUUUUCUGUUGCAUCUUUUUUUUUUUUUUUUUUUUAAAGUACUGUAUCUUGCCAUUUCUUGUUCAUGUGAUUGAAAUGUGGUCUUCAAGAGUUUUAGUUCUUGUCAUCCUCCGUAUCCUUACUCUGGUAGUGCUUACAAAUGUAUGGGAGCUCUGUAGUUUCAAGUUCAUUUAAAAGCACAGCACAUUAACACAUUAAUCCCGUCCUUUUUGUGAUGUGUAAAAUCUGGAAAGAGUGAGAAUACUUUUUCAAACAAUGCUAUUUUUUUUUUUUUUUUUUGUUACCAACUUUCCUAGUAUACUUUUCACCACAGCAAGGCAUGAUGGGUGUUGCAGCUCUCUGUAUGGGACUACAAAUACCUGUAUGAUUGACAGCCUUUUACUUAUCAUUGUACAUGUUCAUCUCCCUUAUUGGAAUACAUAUCAGUUGGUAGUUUAGGCUCAAGCUCAACACUCAAACACUGUAGUUGUUUCUCACUUAAUUCUGCUAACUUGUCUCUGUAAUAGUGGUUGAUGUUGCCUUUAAGGACAUUCAGGAUCAGUCCACAUUUUACUCAACAUUGAACUUUAACUACUGACGACCUGAAGGCAAAAAAACAAACGGUGGCGUAAGAACCUGAAGACAACUUGAAACUAUAACUUGUCGAGUCUUGUAACAGAAGGUGUGCCAAAACCUGGGAGUAUUGCAUCCUAAAAUGUCAAACAUCACGGAGGCAUUAGUGUGACGCAGGCACCUAUUACACAGAUUUCUUUGGGUGGGCUCAGAAGUUUUAGUCUUGCAGGAAAAGUGUGUUACAGUUGUACAGAAGCAGGUUUGCAUUGUUGUUAGGAAACGUCCCUCCACCGACACACUGAAGAACCUGUGAGCUCUGGUACAAUCACGACUCUGUUACAGGGUUGGGCCCAGUUUCAUUCUGGAACAGUCAAUCGCAAACAAACCGGAAUGGAGCAGACCAAAAACCUGCAGUUUGAUAUACAGUAUAUACCCACAGCUGCCAAAGACAAAAGCAGGGCAAUGUUUUAUUUUAACAUAACACUUGCAAAGCACCCAUCUUGCAUGCUAACAACAGAGACAAGAUAUUGAUGAAGAGUAUAUUAUAGACAUAUAAUCGAGCAAAAAAGGAAAAAAAAACAAACUUUUUUGACUUCGCUACCAUGUAUGACUUUGUAGAACCUUUUGUGUUGAAACAACGUGACUGACACGUUGGAGAGAAUCCAGGAAAUUUUAAAAAUGGUGCUGUUUUUGAUGUUCUUCCCAGACUUUGGUUGUAUAAAAGGCAUUUUCACUGUUGAUUGGUGCCCGAGAAAUGUGUCUGCAAGAAGUCUGUCUCUGGAUUGAUGGAGUGGAUGGUCCAAAGUGGCAUCCUCUUUGCAUCUUCUUUUUCUCUGCCAGACCAGUGUUGGCUGGGUUUCAUCACUCUAAGCUAGCAGCGGUCAGUUUGUUUGUUUUUCUGGUUCGGUGAAUUUGGAGGAAAAUCACAAAGAUGGAGCCGUUACAGGCAACUGAGAUGCAUCCAGGAUUCAUAUCAUGGUACUCUAUAGGAUUUUCUGUCAAGAAACAGUUCAGGGGCAAAAGGCAGAUAAUUUAUUAUUUAUGGGAUUUCAUGUGGAGAGUAUUUUGAAAGUGUCCAUAUAUAGAAAGUUUUAUGUUUGCAUGUGUUUUUAAAGUAGCAUGUCGAGGGGAACAUUUUCUUGGCCUAAAGGUUUUUAUUUCACAAAUAAAACUCUUUUCCUUUUUAUACCUUUAUUAUUAUAAUUAUUAAGAUUAAAAUAUUCUGUUUUUCAGUUGGAGUUUUGUUCUGUACAUCCACAAUAAGCUUUCUUCUUUUUAAAAUGUAAUGUGGUGUGGUUUGUUUUUGCCGAUAAUAAAAAUGCAGAAUGACUCUGUACUGUUUAAAAGA